AAACUUUAUUUUCCUGUUUCUCUGCUGUUUAUGCAAGGUCUAUAUGGCUACUGCUUCUGCGUGUUGUGGGUUAGGAUGUUGUUAUAAUGCAAGUGGCUCUUGCCAAAAUUGGCAGAAUUUAAGUGAGAAUCAUUUGUUAAAUGUCGGAUCGCUCUGAUGAGUCCGACUAUUUCGCGUGCAGGCCCUUCCCAUGCGUUAUAGAUACAUUUUCCAGCGACUUCAUCGAUAGCAAAAUUGACUCUGCGUGGGGUUUUCCAGCGUCCCCUCGAUUGCGUUUGCACUCGUUGGGCGCUAUCAACAGAAGGAUGAAUGAUUUAGAGUUAGGGGAUCGUCCCCCAUCACCAGCUCGUCUGGCUCACACUUCAGACAAACAUGCUCGAUGCACACUCAAUGAACUCAGUGUUUUGAGGCGGCAUAGAGAGCUGUGUGAUGUUGUCUUGAAUGUUGGAAGUCGUAAGAUCUUCGCCCAUCGGGUGAUAUUGUCAGCAUGUAGUCCAUACUUCAGAGCCAUGUUUACGGGAGAGUUAGCUGAAUCGAGGCAAACAGAAGUCACCAUUAGAGACAUUGAUGAGUUGGCUAUGGAAUUGCUCAUUGACUUUUGCUAUUCAUCAAACAUUGUUGUGGAAGAAGGAAAUGUGCAAACUCUUCUUCCUGCUGCCUGUUUACUGCAACUUGCUGAGAUUCAAGAUAUCUGCUGUGAAUUUCUGAAACGCCAAUUAGAUCCCUCAAACUGUUUGGGCAUUCGAGCUUUUGCUGACACUCAUGCCUGUCGAGAACUGCUUCGCAUAGCUGACAAGUUCACUCAACACAACUUCCAAGAGGUAAUGGAAAGUGAAGAGUUUCUUCUCUUACCUGUUGGGCAGUUAGUUGAUAUCAUCUCGAGUGAUGAAUUAAAUGUGCGCUCUGAAGAACACGUUUUUAGUGCAGUCAUGAAUUGGGUUAAGUAUAAUGUAUCAGAGAGAAGGCAGCACCUUGCUCAGGCUCUUCAACACGUCCGUCUUCCCCUGCUUGGUCCCAAAUUCUUAGUUGGAACUGUUGGAUCAGAGCUCUUAGUUCGCAGUGAUGAAGCAUGUAGAGACUUGGUAGAUGAAGCAAAAAAUUAUCUCCUACUCCCACAAGAAAGACCACUGAUGCAAGGACCUCGCACCAGGCCCAGAAAACCGAUGAGGAGGGGAGAAGUUCUAUUUGCAGUUGGAGGUUGGUGCAGUGGCGAUGCAAUUGCAUCUGUAGAACGGUUUGAUCCACAAACCAUGGAUUGGAAAAUGGUUGCACCUAUGAGCAAGCGCCGCUGUGGAGUUGGGGUGGCUGUAUUAAAUGAUCUUCUUUAUGCUGUUGGAGGACAUGAUGGCCAAUCCUAUUUAAAUAGCAUUGAAAGGUAUGAUCCCCAAACUAACCAGUGGUCCUGCGAUGUUGCCCCUACAACUUCGUGCCGUACUAGCGUUGGAGUUGCUGUUCUGGAUGGCUUCCUUUAUGCAGUUGGUGGACAAGAUGGUGUUCAAUGUUUGAAUCAUGUAGAAAGAUAUGACCCCAAGGAAAACAAGUGGUACAAAGUUGCUCCAAUGACAACAAGGAGACUAGGUGUUGCUGUUGCUGUCUUGGGUGGAUUCUUAUAUGCUAUUGGUGGUUCAGAUGGACAGUGUCCUCUGAAUACUGUGGAACGUUACGAUCCCAGAGCCAAUAAGUGGUGUCCUGUUGCUCCCAUGUCAACCAGACGCAAGCAUUUGGGAUGUGCUGUGUUUAAUAAUCUAAUCUAUGCAGUUGGAGGACGUGAUGAUUGCAUGGAGCUUUCCAGUGCUGAGAGAUAUAACCCUCAUAGUAAUUCAUGGAGCCCAAUUGUGGCUAUGACAUCACGUCGAAGUGGGGUGGGUUUGGCUGUUGUCAAUGGACAACUUUAUGCUGUGGGAGGGUUUGAUGGAACUGCCUACCUAAAAACCAUCGAAGUCUAUGAUCCUGAUCAAAACCAGUGGCGUCUCUGUGGUGCAAUGAACUACCGCAGGCUUGGUGGUGGUGUUGGUGUAAUGCAGACUCCUCAGACAGAGAAUAAUUACUGGUGACUAACGCCUUCCCCACCCCAUACGCUUCCAUUUGAGUCGUAUGGGUCGCCUGGGGAAUAUAUGGGACUUUCUGUAGUUCAUUUUCCUGACAAAAAAAUGUGAGCACAGAAUCCAAGCACACUCAAUGAGGGCACAAAUUUUGGGAAGC